AGCCACGCCCUGCCUCGUGCCACAACCUCUCUGGCUGCUAUUGUUGGCUUGUCAGCUGCACGCGACGCGUAACGCAUCCAUCUGUUACCUCUUUUUUCUUGUGAUGGAAAACAAUACUAGACAAACGGACGUUACCAACCCUCAAUUUGGACUCGAAUAAGCUGGGAGUUUGUUUCUACGGCAGAACGCGACGAGGCGUGAAGCUGCACGCCGGUUGGCGCCCUAUGGUCAACUCCUACAAAAGUGUAUGGCCUAAGCAACAAGUGCGAUGAGCUGGGCCGAGGAGGACUGGACGGCAGGCCUGUCGGGACGGGUUCUGCAAAGGGUGAAGGAGCUGCAGGCCCACCAGGAGCGGCUGUCCAGAGAGAACAAACAGAAACAGCUGCAACUGGACAACAUCCACCUUAGCCAUGACAAACAAACUGUUAAGUACGAGGAGAUGCGUGGGGAGCUCCACGCGGUGCGCAGGGAGCUCCAGAGUGCCCGGGAGGAAGCCCAAGUGGCCUUGAACGGAGAGCAACGCCUCACCCAGGAGCUUCAGACCAAGCAAGCCCAAAUCUGCUUUUUGGAGGGGCAGCUGGAUGCCGCCCGCACUGUUAACAACAAACUCACCCAGCAAAUUAAAAGACUGGAGGCAGAACUGGAGAAGCUGCAGAAUGGCAGUAGGUCAACAGACAGCACCCCUUUCUCCACGCCCUGCUGGAGUGCAAGCUCGCCGUGGGAACACCACGGGAGCCGCAAGGACGAGAGGAUGGUGCAGAAUGAGGAAAUGCAGAGCUCCCCAUACGUUUGUCGGCUCCAGUUCCCUGACACCCCGUCUACUUCGUUGCCGCGGCUACACAAGGCCACACCACGCAGCCACCCAUCCGACCCUUUUUCCACUCCCUUGGCUGCGUUUCCGUGGGAGCGGGACGACCCCAAGCCAGCGGCCAGGCGAGCAUCUCCGUCAUCUCCCCAGACACCAGUUGGUGACCACCAGUCAAAGCGGGAGGUGCCUGAGAGGGAGAAAGACCUCAGUACACAAGCAGACAUGUCUUUGUCACAAAUGAGGCAUCAUGCAGCGUCUCUGGAGCAAGAGCUGAGCGAAAAGACGGAAACGUUGAAAUCACUUCAGGAUGAAGUGGCGCUGGGCAAGAAAAAUAUGGCCGCCACCAAGCUCAGCCUGCAGAGAGCGCACAACGAACUCAGCGGUGCACACACGAGAAUUGCUCAGGAGACCGAACGGGCGUCGGCAGUUGAGCAGAGGCUCAAACAGCUUCAAGAGGAGCUCAAGUGUCAGCGGCAGAAUGCUGAUAGCAGCCGACUGCAGCACCAACAGCGCACCAAGGAGCUGGACAAGCAACAUCAAAGGGACCUUCUGGAGCUUCAGAAGGAGAAACAGUGCAUGGAGAAACAGCAUCAACAGGAAGUGAAUAAACUCAACCAAGAGCUGCAGCAGGCCAGGACGCUUCACAACGCCCUGCAGGCCCAAGCUGACAAGCUGUCUCAGCAGAAACAAACCCUGGAGAAAGAGUUGGAGUCUCUAAAGGACAAAGUCAAAUUCACAGAGGCACAGCUGCAGGAGAGUCAGAAAAAAGAGACACAAAUACAAGCAAAACUGAAGGAGGUGAUGCUUGAUGCUGAGUGCGUAACAGUGAGUCUGGAGCAGAGCAAGAAGAGAGAGCGAGCGCUGGAGGAAGAGGCGGGCAGGCUGGCGGAGGAGAAAGUGGAUGCUCUUCGCCUUCUCAAAGAACUACAAGAACAAAAAGCUUCACCCCUCCCAGAUUGCACACCACUUGUCCUGGCUUGUGCCAUUGGACAGAGCUCCUCGUCCCAACCCUCCUCUCGUCACACUCGGUCGUCCGCGUACACCAAAAGGCCUGCCACCCUCCGAGCUGAGCCGAGUGGAGUGAAACAAGAGGAAGAAGUCCAGCAAAGGGCAGAGAUUUCCGUUUCGUACCCGCCUGACCGAGAGCCCGGAGAAGGCAUUGAUUCUGAGCACAUCAUUGCAGACACCGAAUGUUCUUGUCGAGGAGUAAACUAUGAGGAGAAGGAGUCCUCUUCAUCUAGCAAUGCCCCCGCCGAGGCGGAGAAAGACACAAUCGUUCGCGAAACUCUGAAGUCCGAACAAACGGUUUGCACGGACGACCUCCAGAGGGAGAACGCCUCGCUGCGUUCGGAGCUGGGCGACAUGCGCGAAGCGCUCCAGAAGCAAUUGGACGACCUUGAAGUUCAGCGGUGUGCCGAAGUGGAGACCAGGACGCGUUUGAAACAGCUUAGCCGUAAACACGCCAGCCAGGGUGCCGAGAGGGAGGAGCAGGACAAGCAAUGGAAGGCUCAGUUGGAGAGGGAGAAGAGCGAGAAUGAUAGGUUGAGGAAGACUUUGGCAGCUUUGGAGGAAAGAGAGGAACGAGACGGGACAACGCAGGCACGAGAGGACCGAGAGGCGGAAAUGAUGCAGCUUAACCUCCAGCUGAAGCAGCAGCUUGGGGAAGUGAAAGUCCAACUGGCUUUAGAACGAGAAGGGCGAGAGCGAGACAACAAGGAGCUAACUCAAAUCGCUGCCGCUGAGAGAGAAGCAAACAAACAACUCAUUGUCAGACAGGAUGAACUUACAGCUCAGCUUGCUGAGCUGAAGAGCGGCAAAGAUGAAGAAUCUCUAUGUGAUGCGAAAGUGGUAGCCAGCAGCCCACUGACUUACAUGACUCUCCUCGGUGACAGACUCGACUCCAACAACAGCGUCUCGGAUAACCAAGUGCCAUCACCGGAGCAGUACGCCCACUUCUGCCAAUCGACCAAUCGGCUAAACACGCCGCCCUCCCAGAACACAACGAUGGCGCCGCAACACUCACAGCUGUCACAUGAGGGACAAACUGGGCAAAUUGAGUUGGAAGACACCUCUUCAGAUCAUCUCCGCAAGGAUGAGUCAGAGUCCUCCGACCUCGCAGAGGAGAUUGAACGACUGAGGCAAGAAAAUGCACGGGAGACGGAACGUGCUAAGCAGCUACAAUUUAAACUGACUGCCCUUCAAAACCAGCUGACCAGUCAGACCAAGCAGCUGACCUUGGGCUUCGAGAAGCAGAGCCAAUACAUCUCAGGACUUCUCACUGAACUACAGGAGAAGGACGGCGCCCUCCUCAGCCAGGGGGAAGAACUGCGACGCUGCAUUCAAGAACUGGACGCACUCAAGGAUGAGGGAAUGGGAAGAAAAGUGGGAAAAAUUUCCACGGUGGAGAAUUGCAUCCUUACACACACAAGCAACUUGGUGGCAAAGAAAGACGUCCUGCCGACUGCGCUCAGUGUGUCGCAUGACAUCACCUCAGAGAAAGGACAAAGUCAUGAUGAGAUUAUCAACCAUCUGCAGACACAGGUGGUGGCGCUGCAGAAGGAGCUAGAGGAACUCACCGAGGUAGCACGGCAGCAGACUGAGGAGUUGUCCAUUUGGAAGUUGGCUUCUCAACCCUCUUCCACGUUGGAUCAUGUCCUUCCCAGCCGAUAUGGAACGCCAACACAGCGCAGCGCCAAGGACCAUAGUGCAGCGUUGGUCAUCAGAGAGGAUGAGGUGUUGCUCUCUUGCGUCUCCAACAGGCUGCAAGGUCGCAUGCUCUGCAACAGCGUGCACCAGAACAACAUGCAAGUGAUGAGCAUCCUGCAGGCCCCAGCUGACAUGAACACGCCGUCAGAUAAGGACACCCAGCCGUCAGGACCAAAUCGGAGCCCACACAAGUUUUCCGACCAAGAAACGGGCCAGGACCACGUCAGCAAAGUUCCCGCACAAACUUCAGAUGGCAGCUGGACGGCGAGCAAACACUUGAGCGCAAGCACCAACUGGUCGGCCACAAGUGUCAGCACUCAAACUGAGCAUCUACGCUCGGGUGCCACCGAGGCGCUACCUGAGCGCCACUGCGUGCACACGCAGACCGUCACUGAGAAAAAAGGAUCAGAUGACGUUUCACCCCACCAACCACAAGCCGCGCCAUCUGCGGGCCGAGAGACGGGAGACAAAAUGCUCUUUUCCACUUCCUUCCCCAUCCCUGCCGACCCAGUGCGUCUGGCCGAACGGAUACGACGAAACAGGAUGCAGCUGUCUGCCGCUUUUGACGACACCGAAUAUGAACCCUACGGUCUCCCGGAAGUUGUCAUGAAAGGUUUUGCAGAUAUCCCCACUGGGGCCUCGUGCCCCUACAUUGUGAGGCGGGGCUUGUUAGGGACCGCUGUUGUGCCCGUCAAUCAGAAGGAGGCCAUCCCGGAGGACGAGACGGAUUGAUCACAGAGCCGGUGCAUGGUCACAUGUGCAUUGGGGUGGUGGAAAUGAUCCCCAGUGAUGGACGCACAGCGUGGUGGGCUUGAACACACGCACAUAUACACUUUCGCUUUGCUCAUUGUUACUUCUUGCCCCCCCCCCAAAAAAAACAAAGAGACUAUUUAGGCUUCACUAAUUUCAUGAACUUGUGGUGUGAAGACACAGUGAAGCAGAGGCUUGGUUGUUUUUUUUUUUGCAAAAGAUAACUUUUUUUUUUUUUUCUUCAAGGUCAAAGGGUCCGGUUGUAAAAUGUGAAAUUUGUGCUGUUUCUUUUCACAUGUAGCUUAUUUAUAGACACGUGAAUGUGUUUUAGUGAAGGGCAGGUGUUUAGGUAAACGCCUUUUGUGAAAGUAUAACGUCUGUGUAGGAGGUUAGCUAUGUUUUUAAACACGUCUUCUUGUGGACAGUGUGUAUGUGUGUGAUGUAGUCGAGAGCCAGUCAACGACUAACCUGCUUUCCGCUCCAUGUAUGGUGAUGUACACCAAGCCAGCGUGCCUCUGGCGCUUUUCUUUCGAUGCACUUGUCGGUGCGACCUGUUGUUCCAGAAAGCCAACUAUGUGUUUUAUUAGCACGAGCUGCUCCAUAUAAUCAGAUAUGUCGUGUUGGAACUUGGAAGACUUUAAAUGUUGUCCAAGUUUAGUGUGCUCGCCUUUAAGAUCUGACCAUGUAGAUGCUGCUGCUGUGGUUUCAGUUUAAAGAAAGGAUUUUUUUUGUAAAGGUGGAUUGCACUGUGACUGCGUUGACUUUGUCAUGUCGAUGCACGCACACACGGGUAGACACGUUUCCCCUUCACCUAUACAUAUGUGUGAUUCAUUGCUUUUUUUUUUUGUCAGUGAGCAAGGCAUCUGUUUGUUCAUCUUGUUCACUCCCAAUGUGAAUAUACUGCAAAUUAAAAGUUUCAGUAUGUGAUUGCUGAACUCA